AGAGAAGAAAACAAUUAAUUGCUCUUGAAACUCCUACCCUCUUGAAACUCCUACCCUUUCUCUCACAUGAUUCAACACAGAGUUGCAAGAAGAAGAAUAUAUCAUGAGGUUUAGAAGAUUUUGUCUAUAAGGUUCGAGUCUCUUCGGUGAUCUCGUCCUUCCAGUUAGCUUGCUCCUGUUAGAGAUUGGUACGUGUAGCUCCGACGAUUACGUUUCCAUAUCCUUUAUGGGUAAUGUAGGGAAUGAAGUGAAUAAGGAAGGAGAAGAGAAGAAUGAGUGGAGGAAAAAGAGGAAGGAAAUCGCAGAUGGCAAAAAGAAAGUUUUUGAGAAAAGUGCCAGCCCUAGAUCUAGUUCAAUUUUUUACUCAAAAGUUAAUUGUAAUUCUGUCUCUACAAAGCAAACUUCUAGUAGUUCAGUCUUGAGUCCCAAGCUGAAUAUUUCUGAGACAUCUUCUAGACAAAGUUCUAUUUAUAAUACAAGUGUUGCUUAUGGUUAUUCUGUUCCAGAUCCCCAUAAUUAUGAAUGUGAUAUGAAUGUUGUUAAAUCUAAUCCUUCCAGAAAGCUUAAAUCUGAAAAAGAAACCAAGAAAGGAACUUCUAAGGGAACGUUUUGUAUUCCAGAUAUGAAAUAUGCCCUUAGAGUUCAUUCUAGGAAACAUGUUAAUCGGCUUUCUAAGGAGGAGAUUUUCAAAACCAAACUCAAGAAACAACCGUUCAAUCACAAAGCACCUGUCUACUCUCCUCCUGAACCUAAAACGAAAAGAUGGGUCCCCAAGAUAAGACCCGUCAAAGCUGAGACGGAAAGGUGGGUCCCCAAGAUGAGACCUACCAAACCUGAAUCGAAUAGGUGGGUCCCCAAACGAAGACCCAUCCAAACUAAAACUGAAAGGUGGGUUCCCAAUCGUAGACCCAUCAUAACUAAAACUGAAAGGUGGGGUCCAAAUCGAAGACCCAUCAUAACUGCAACUGAAAGGUGGGUCCCCAAACUUAGACCCACAAGGACUAAAAUGGAAAGGUGGGUUCACAACAUCAGACCCACCAAAAUGGAAAGUGCUAGGUGGACUCCAAAAACCAGACACACUGCAAAAGCAGAUCUGGCUAUUGGAAAGCCCAUCAAAGAUAGAUCUUUUGUUGAAAGAGCAGCUGACCUUGGAUCACUGCUCAAAGCAAGAUUUAAAAAGGUGUUUCUUGAUAAUAAGGAAGGACCCACUCCAAGUUGGGUACCUAAUCCUAUUUGAUUGUUUUGCAGGACGGUCAUGUGUGGCACUUAGACUCAGGAUGCUCAACCCACAUGACCGGAAUAAAGCACCUUUUGAGCAACUACACCAACUGCUACGGAGGAAAUGUCAGAUUCGGGAAUGACGCCUCAUCUCCUAUCCUUGGGUAUGGGGACGUCUUCUGUGCCAGCGUCACAAUAAAAGAUGUUUCAUUCGUCAAAGGGCUCAAACACAACUUACUGAGCAUUGGACAAUUCUGUGACAGCGGGAUGGAAGUGAGGUUCUUUGCAAAACAAUGCUGUGUUCUUGACAGCACAGGGAAUACAUUAUUAACGUGUUACAGAACAUUAAAUCUGUACACUAUUGAUCUGAAAAGCGUCCAAUCCACCACUUCCAUCUGUCUGCUGUCCAAAGCUUCAACUGAACAGAACAACCUAUGGCACAAACGUCUCUCCCAUCUGAACUUCAAACAUCUAUCAACCUUGUCCUCCAAGAAACUUGUAAAGGGGCUUCCUCUGCUAAAGACUUCCGCUGAAAAUCAUUGUAGUGCCUGCAAAAUGGGCAAAAUGACGCGAAGCUCCCACAAGUCAAAAACUGAACCUUCAUCUACUCAUCAGUUGCAGCUAAUACACAUGGAUCUGUGUGGACCUAUGAGAGUACAAAACAUCAACGGUCGCAAAUACACUCUGGUGAUCGUUGAUGACUUCUCUAGGUAUACAUGGACAAAAUUUCUUCGAUCAAAAGACGAAGCUGCGGAAAACAUUAUGACCUUUAUCAGAACGAUCCAGAAACUGCUACAGCACAGUGUUCGAAUUGUGAGAACUGACAAUGGUACCGAGUUUAAAAAUCAGACCCUCACUGAGUUCUAUGAAUCACUCGGUAUCACUCAGCAAUUUGCAGCAGCUAAAACUCCCCAGCAGAACGGAGUUGUUGAGAGAAAGAACAAAACUCUUGUUGAAGCAGCACGCACCAUGUUAAUCCAAUCAAGACUGCCUCACUUCAUGUGGGCAGAGGCAAUCAAUACCGCGUGCUUCACUCAGAACAGAACCUUCAUCCACAAGCGCUUCGACAAGACUCCAUAUGAGAUCAUAUUCAACAAAACUCCUGAUAUUUCUUUCCUCAAGGUUUUUGGCUGUAAGUGCUUCAUACUCAAUGAUCGGACAGAGAGAAGUAAGCUGGAUCCCAAAGCCAGGGAAGGCGUGUUCAUUGGCUACUCACUGCAAUCCAAAGCUUACCGAGUCCAUCUCAGAGACAAGCGGACUGUCAUCGAGAGUGUAAACGUUACAUUCUAUGAAAUGGCAGACUUUGCUAUUGAACAUAUCCAGACCGAUCCAUCCACUACUGUACCAGUAGCUUCUGAUAAAGCUGAACCAAACACCGAACACGACGAUGUGAUUCUCGACUCUCUCUUCAGAAACGUUUACGAGAACUCACAAUCUCCACCUCCUGCAUACACUCUAGAGUCAACAUCAACUCCAACAGCAGAGAUUCCGCUCCUCACAGGACCAGAUGACGUACCAUCCACACCCUCAACCCCUCAAACCAAUCCCAGAGGUGUGGAUGAUCACGGCUUUGCCAUAAGUCCGGAAUCAUCUCCACUACACACCACAGCUGCUCCAGAGCCUUCAAACUCAUAUCAGGACUCAGAUCAACCAAUCAUUACUCCAACUCCUCUAGCUCAUGAGAGGAAGUGGACAAGAGCACAUCCUGUUGAACAGAUAAUAGGUGAUCCAAGUCAAGGUGUGCGAACAAGAUCAGCAACAGCAAAUGAAUGUCACUAUGCAUGCUUUCUAAGCAAGAAUGAACCGUCCAAAGUCUCAGAGGCACUCGCUGAUCCAGAUUGGGUGAUUGCCAUGCAAGAUGAGCUCAAUCAAUUUGACAGACUAGAUGUAUGGACACUCGUGCCUAAAUCCCCUCAGAAAACCAUCAUUGGCACAAAAUGGGUGUUCAAGAACAAGAAGGACGAAGAAGGCAUAGUGAUACGGAACAAGGCACGACUGGUCGCUAAAGGAUAUAAUCAGCAAGAGGGCAUAGACUAUGAUGAAACAUUUGCACCCGUAGCAAGAAUUGAAGCAAUCCGCCUUUUUCUUGCGUACGCAGCCCACAAGAACUUUACUGUCUUUCAAAUGGACGUCAAGACUGCCUUUCUGAAUGGAGUCUUGGAAGAAGAAGUCUAUGUCGCUCAGCCCGAAGGAUUCAUAGAUCCCAGAUAUCCCGACCAUGUGUACAAGCUAAAGAAAGCUCUGUAUGGGUUAAAACAGGCACCAAGAGCUUGGUAUGAUGCAUUAACCGAAUUUCUGGUUGAUUCAGGUUUCUCAAAAGGGAAGAUUGAUACCACACUUUUCAUCAAGCGACAGAAGUCUGACAUCAUCCUGAUUCAGAUCUAUGUUGAUGACAUUAUUUUCGCCUCCUCUAAUCCACGUCUGUGCAAACACUUUGAGAAACUGAUGAAAACCAAGUUCGAGAUGAGCAUGAUGGGAGAACUGAAUUUCUUCCUAGGCCUGCAAGUAAGACAACUCUCUGACGACAUUUUCAUCAAUCAGUCAAAGUAUAUUCUGGAAAUGCUUAAGAGAUUCAACAUUGAUGGCAAAUCUUCCAUGACGACCCCCAUGUCACCAAACAACAAACUGGACUCAGACCCCUCCGGGAAGCAAGUUGAUGCUACAAACUACAGGGCCAUCAUUGGAUCUUUGCUAUAUCUCACGUCAAGCAGACCUGACAUUGUCUUCUCCACAUGCUUAUGUGCACGCUUUCAGGCAAAUCCGAAGGAAUCCCAUCUGACCGUUGUUCGAAGAAUUCUGAGAUAUCUCAAAGGCACUGUGAAUCUAGGCCUUUGGUAUCCCAAGCACUCAGGUUUUGACCUAGUCGGAUACUCGGAUGCUGACUUUGCUGGUUGCCGGAUGGACCGCAAAAGCACAUCGGGGGCAGUCCAAUUCUUGGGCGAUAAGUUAGUCUGCUAGUCUUCCAAGAAACAGAACUGUGUGUCAACAUCUACGGCCGAGGCAGAAUACGUCGUGGCUGCUAGCUGUUGUUCACAAAUAUUAUGGAUGAAGACCCAGCUAAAGGACUACGGUUACACUCUCCGCCAUAUCCCGAUCUACAGUGACUCACAAAGCGCCAUAGCCAUCACCAGCAACCCGGUUCAUCACUCCCGCACCAAACACAUCGACCUGCGCUAUCAUUUCAUCAAGGAUCGUGUGGAGAAAGGAGACAUUGACAUGUAUUUUGUAAGCUCAGAGCUUCAACUGGCUGACUUGUUCACUAAGGCAUUGGAUGAAAAACGAUUCCAGAUCCUAGUCUCCAAGUUGGGCAUGUUGAACCUCGAGCCCGUUUAAUUAUGUUUCCACUGAUCUACAAAGUGUGUGUGUGUGGGAUUUGUAAAUAGUGUGUGCGCGUUGCAUGUGUUGAGGGGGAGAAAACCAGAAAAAUAACAAAAAAUAGUGUGUGUGCGUUGCAUGUGUUGAGGGGGAGAAAACCAGAAAAAGAACAAAAAAUAGUGUGUGUGUGUUGCAUGUGUUGAGGGGGAGAAAAUCUGAAAAAGAACAAUAAAUAGUGUGUGUGCGUCGCAUCCUGUACAUAGCGUGCGUUGCAUGUGUGCGUUUUUUUUUUCUAGUGUCCAAAACGAGGGGGAGAAUUUUUAUAAUCGUUUGGGCCAAACUCUUUUCAAACGACUUUUUGAGCCCAGCUCUACGUUUUCGGCCCAAACUACCAAGUUUUCGCAAAGCCCACUUUUUCGCGUUUAAAAGGUUCCCGAGAACCCUGAAUCUCUUCAUUCUCUCUUUUCCGUCCCAACCUCACAGAGCUCUCGGAACUUUUCUCUCUCUAAUCCUUCUCCCUCUUCUCGCCUUCCGAGCUAAGGUAGUCCAACGUUUUCAUCAAACUUCAUCAUGGUUUUCGAAAACAAAAACAUAAAGAAACACUCGAUUCUGUUUUGCCAAAUCUCGCAAACGAACAAUGAACUCGGGACUGUGUUUUUGUGAUUAUAUGUGUUUUUGUUUGAUUGCAGGUGGUUUCGUCUUCGGUCGAAAGGCAAAACGUCUCG